AUGAGCUACAAGACGCUGUUUUUCUUUGUUUCAGUUUUCUUCACCACUGGCUAUGCUACCCGCUGGCCUACGUUCACCAAUUGUACGCUUACGGAGUACCUCUGCGAUACGCGUAAGUGCAUAACACAAUUCAUCAAAAACGUUCAAAAUGACACCGAAGGAGAUUGUGGGUAAGUUUGUUUGAUUCCAGGUAAAUCACGAAAGCUUUCCCUGCUUUUUUUUCAGGAGGAACUAAAAAGUCUAAGAAAUUUACCGGGUGUUGGUUAUUGUUCUGGUGUAAAUUUUUUUUACCGCGAGUUGAUAAUGCGAUUUCAAGUCGUCCAGUCUUUAACUGGAGCACUACAGAGGUGCGAGCUUGAAAUCCCGAAGGAGAAUUUCAGCCCGGGGGCCCAAUAAUUUCCUGAUGGCGUUAAAGUUCUGCAGUUGCUGUCUCGUAACUGACUUUUGCUUUUAUACCCUGAUCUUUUGCGUGAAUUUUGAGAAUGUUAUUGGCCAUUGAUAUUGAUACAGUUGUCUUCCCUGGGAAGCUCUAUGUUUUCGUUUUGCCUCAAACACGCGCGAGAGGUAGCUUUUCUUCUUACUUCUUGCUCCAAACAGGCAGAAUACAACUUUCAGAUUGUGUUUUCGUUGAGAGAGAAAAAACUGAAAUUUGAUAAAAAUCACCGGAAACGAUGAGAGCAUAAUUGUGAAGAUAACUAUUGUUUUUGGGAUUACCUCGCAUCAAAUAAGACAUUGCGUGACCCCAAGAAACUUGUGGCUGGCGGCUUUUAGCAGUAUUAGCUCUGCUUCUUUUCAAUGAAGGAUCAGUGACAAACAGAGCAGAAUCUUGAAAUAUUUCUCCCUCAGGGAAAAAAAAGGAAAAAAACUUAGCUGAGUGUGAUGGCUCGUGAAAAUUCCACAACACCCCUUUGACAUUGGGUACCUUUGUCAUAGAUCACUAUGGAAAAUAUCAUAAUUCUUUUGCAGAUUUGGGUGAUGUCUCAUGUAAGCUAGCUUGUAGAACAGGCGUAAUUUUGGCGAGCGAGUGCUCAGUAGUUUCUUAACCAAAGUAUGGCCGCCAUCUUUGAUUUUAAUGGAAGCGGAAGACUGGAGAAAGAAACAAAUUUGUAUCAAGAGGGCGGUCGACAGUCCAAAACAAGGAGAAGGGUGGGGCUGGGGGAGCAAAGAUCUCUUCGCCUUCCCCCCACCUCCUAACCCCACCGUCCACUCUAAUUCCAAAUCAGUGAACUCCAAAUAGCUAAAGCUUGAGCAAUUCUAGGCCUAAAACAAGUGUUUCCAUCUUUUUUACUGCAGAGUUCAGUACAACAAAACCCUAGCUUGCAUUAUUACGUCGAACAAGAUUUGUGGCAGAGUGUAUUCUAGCAACUUAUCCAACAUGACGUUGGAUGAUUCGUUACGUGCAGGCAUCAGUGAGGACCAAAUGUGUAAAGAGGCCUUUCUGGGUGAAUUUCUCGUUCCUUGGCAUAUAAGCACUCUGAACGGGUACUGCUCAAGAGUGUUUGUCAACAACACAGAAGCGUGUUUGAAAACUUUCCAUGACAAGUUUAUCGCUAACAGAUCGGACACCACUCUUUGCGAGUAAGUUAUAAUUUUGUAUCGAGUAUUUUAAUGUUAAUAAGAAAUGCAAUUGUCUCAUCUUCACAUGAGAGACAGAUUAAUAUUUAUCGCAGAGGGGGGGUUAGGAGGAUUUUGGCCGUGCCACAAUAAGAUUUACGAGAUCUCCCCCCUGAUGCUCUGUAGUAUUCUAAUGAUCCUUCCUAAUUGGUAGUCAAAUUUUAAGCCUCCCCUCCCCUCCAUUCCCCUAAAAGGCACGUGAUCCUCCAAAAUCCAUCGAACCCCACCCCUCCCUGAUAAGAAGAGAUUGGUCCCUCAUUAAAGAAAAGGUGCAUCCUGAUCAUGAUCAUGAUAGACUGACAACGGUCGAGUGGACCAAUUUUUUAGUCGAAUUUUUCGAGUAUACAAUUCCCCGACGUGUUUCGUCUGAGGGAAAGAAAAUUGUUGCUUGUUCUUGUUGUUGAGUGAUUUAAAUUCUGUGCAAUUUUCAGCAUUUUUUUUAAUUUUAUGUUUUCUUUUCCUGAUUUCAACAGGGAACAUGCUGAAAAAAAAGGUGUUGGAUGGAAACCAUUAUGUCCGACUGCAAAUUUCCUACUGAUAUCUUUGAGGUGAUAAAAUUUGAUCUGGUCGACUACAAUCCUUUCUGCGCCAGCAAUCGGGAUCCUGGGGCGACCGGAAAUGAUGAGUGCCAUGGCGUGAGGGAUAUAAAGGACGACAUCAGUGCAGCCGCUGUUAUAAAGAUUAAUACAUCGCUGGCUCUGCUUCUUCCUCUUGUGUCAUUUUUGUUCGUAUUUAAGGUUUAAGAGAAUCAAAGAAACACUCUCGGGUGAUCUCCAGAUUUUUUACCUCUCAUCCGUAGCCUCGAUACCGUGAUCCAGUCUGUGCUUGUGUAAACGAUAUUUUCAUAGUUUUUUUUCAAUUUUUUCAAUUUUUUUUUUGAUAAAAACUCUCUUGGUGACGUGCUUUCGGGCUGUUAGAACCAAGUUGUCACAUAUCAAUUCUAAACAAUCACAUUAGCCAGUGAGUUUUUGAGUUAAAACCGUAAUACUUUUUCGAUGAAGCCAGUAAAAAAAUAAAAGAUAAUUGGUAAAUAAGCAGGAUACUUGAGAUCAAAUAAGCUUUGACUUCGAAAAGUCUCGAGUUUUCAUUAUCCUACUCUUUCUCCUUUUACGGUGAUCUAUUGACGUUUAGAUUCUUUCGUGCAUAUUCUACACGAAAGUGUUUUUUGAUGUUUCUUUUGAUACCGGCGAAAGGAGGUCUCCCUUGUGCAUGCCCAAUGUUUGGGACCGCCGUGUCCCAAUAUAUAUGAAGUAACGACAUUAAAAGGGAUUCUUUUUCGUGAAAUUUUAACAUAUUCAUGGUUGUAUGCACGUUUCAUCUUCAAAACGAGAAAGCAUUUAACUGCAUAUUCCACUUUAUCAGACAAGGAGCAACUGGCAUAUGUCAACAACGAGGUUGUUUAUGGCUUAAAGACUAAAGACUAAAGUCCAAUUUAUCCUUACAACAUCACUGGUGUAUCCCAUAUUAACUCAUUCUAGUAUAGAAAAAAAAGUGACCAGUGAUGACAACCUUUUUUCUUUUCUUUUUUUUUUUGUCAACAGUAUUUACACUAGUGAGUAGUGCUCUAUCUCAUUAAAGCCAUGAGAAUAAAGGAAAUAAUAGACAAAGCUCUUGAUUUCCAAGCAAAUUCUCCUCUUCAAUAUAAUGAGAAAUGUGUGAAUAAUUGUAUGGAGAAUAUGCAUAUUAAUGUUAGGGUGUAAAGGGUUGAGUAAUUCUUUCCUAGGAACGAGUUUUUUUUUUUUUAAUGGAAUCAAUAUGAUAUGGAAUGAAUGAAUUUUGUUCCAUCGGAAGCUUUUUAACUGAGUAGUAAUUAAGAUAAAAAUUACGGGAUAAAAGGCCAGUCUCCUCGUAGCAAAUUUCUUUUUUAAGCAUUUGGCGGGACGAAAAGUUUUUCCAGUACAUGUGGCUUCGGUUUGGGAUUGUACGUGACGUUCAACAGGCAGCGCUAUAAGAAAAAUAGGGAGCACAAGAGCACGCGUGUGGUCGCCAUUGUCUUCACUUCAUUAUCUUCUUGUCUAUAGUGCAGAUAAGAUAUGAAAUAGUGAAAAUUAGUCUCUAUUUGGCCAAGAAAAACAUAUAUUUCAACUGACCAUAAUUUCAAGCGUGAAUCGCCCCCUUUUAAUAUCAAAUGAGUGACGUUAACAAAUAAAGAAGCCUCGACACUUUGUUCAGUUGUAAAGCAGCAGCAAGCAGCUGGUACACGAAAGAAAUGUAGGGGGAAACACGAGACGUUGUCGAGUGCUUUCUUUGCUUUAAUUUAUCUGUAUUGAUCGCUUGUCAAAAUUCCUUCGAUCUCGUAGCUACAGACUCCAGGCGUUUAUUUCCUAAGAGUGCACAGAUCCGGAAUUUUCGGCUCAUCAUUGUUUUCCGGACAGUGGUCGUAGUCGGUACGUGGGUUUGUUCGUCUUUAUCGAAGAUUGUGUUUCGUCUGGGCGAGGUCUGACUAAUCUUAUUUCAGUCGCAGUCGGGGAUAUUCAAAAUAAAAUGGGGAUGAGUUCCUGUGUUUCUUUAAAUAGAAAUUCGGCGAGGGACAAUCGUCUUUGUCGAUCCGGGCAAUAAACAGUUUGGUCUAUACCAUGACGUAUACGGUCACAGUCAAUUUUAAAAACUUAGGCUAGCCCCACAUUUUAGUUCCGCAUUUUUUUGUCUCGGUAUCCAUGGCCUUUGAGACCUAGUUCACUUGAUAAAGCACAGGAAGAGCUUUGCGUAGACAGCAGUUUGAAUGGCGUUGGUUGAAAUGCGUGGGAGAAGUCAAGCUGUGAUUGCUUAUUCGGAACGGUUGUGAACACACAAGCUAUCAAUAUCGUGUUAAUUUGAGGUAAACAUGCUUCUUUUAUUUUUUUUGGAAAGAAUAAAAACAUUACGGUAAAGCUCGAUCUUUGUGUUUCACAUUAAUUAAAACAGAAUUUGAGUACGCGUAGGGCACGCCGUCGGGUUUCUUCGGGCUGCAAUAGUGAUUAUUUCUUGAGUUUGAUCGAUUAGUAGGACUGUAUCGCGAAUCGGCGUGCUUUGAUCUCACUGCUUACUCGUGGUCGUGCUCAAAGUCGGGUUAGCCGUCGGGUUUUUCGGGAUGCAAUCGUAAUAAGUCGUCGCACUGGAAUUUUGUCACGAAGUCGGACUUAUUCGGAAUGUAAUCGUUCGGAAGUAGUAGGUAUGUCCUGAUUUUAGUGACGACUGAUACCAGAAGUGUCGGCUCAUCUUUGAAGGAGACAUCAAUUCUUCUUUCCUCUUCGCUCGACGUUUAUGGAGGAGCUCGUGGCAAUUCGGAUGCGAUCGUUCGUUUUCCUUCUCGGUAAGAAAAUAAGUCCUUAAAUUAACUUGGCUCACUUCAGGUUAGCCGGAAAGAUUUCGAGAUUAAUUCAGUGUUUGUAAUGAUUUUUUUUCUUUUUGGAAAAAAUAAAAACAUUAUGGUAAAGCUCGAUCUUUGUGUUUCACAUUCAUUAAAACAGAAGUUGAGUGCGCGUGGUUUAUUUUGAGUACAAGGUCGAUGUUUUUGUGACUUGUUGUCCGGCCUCAGCUGUCAUGGCAUUAUUGCUUCUGCCAGCUAUCGAUUUUCACAGUAUUCCUAAAGUUCCUUUUGUUUAUCGUUUCAGCUCUUGAGAACAGUCUAUCGACUUUAUGAUAAAGUAAUGCCGAGUAAGACGGUCUUAUAGAAGCUCAUUCUAGAUGAGCUUUCGGUAUUUAAAUUCAAAUUAAUAUUAACCCGGACUCUGAGGAAAUUCCGGCAUCUCAAAUAUGUCUGUUCGGCAUGCAAACGUCUGAAGAAACGUCUGGGAAGACUCAGGUAAACAAAAAUAAAUGUUAGACCUUAAUGAUCUUUUUCUGUGGACAACUCGUCGCGAACAAGACUUCCCUUGGGUAAAAAAGCGAGAGGUCGCCCUACAAAUCAAGCAAAAAGGUAACCGGCGGCUAAGGCUUGCCGAAGCGCGUUCCCUAGAAUUCGUGCAGAACUACUGUCCUUCCAACACAAGACAUUUCCUUUAACAUUUAUUUUGAAGUUACAGAUGAGAUUGAAAUAAAUAUGUUAUUUCAUGGGUCGCUACCUUCCACGAGGUUAUCUUUCAGACAUCUCACCGGAAAAGGAUAGAAUUUGAUAAUUUUUUUGCGGACAUCUCAUCGUGCAGAAGACUCUGCCCUUGUGUGAAAAAGCCGGAGGGCACCCUUAAAAUCAAGCAAACAAACAACCGGUGGUUAAAGUUGGUUGAAGUGUUCCCUGAAAUUCUUGCAGAACUACUUCUAAUACGAGACAUUUUCAUUCAUGAAGAAAUUGCAGAUGGAAUUGAAGUAAAUAUGUAAUUUCAUCGGUCGAUGCUCUCCGCGAGGUGUCUUUUAGACAUGUCACCGGAAACGGAUAGAAUUUGAUAACAAACCACUGCGAGCAAACAACAUGAUGACAUGCCUGUCAAAAAAUUAGAUUUGUAAUACUGUAAUACAGAAAUAAAUUAGUCAAUGAUGUCUUUUUUGAAAUGUUUCAUUCUGUUUUGCCGUUCCUUUCGCAUUACGAAAUGGCCGCCACGAGAAAGCUGGCAAGAAAAGUAUCGUUCCAAUCCUCUCUCGGCCACGCCAGUUUGUUUUGGUUUUGUCUAGACCAAUCAUAUCACAGGAAACGGUAAGACAAAACUGCCGCAAUCAAUAUGAAUUCUUGAAUUUUGUCCAUGACUCUGCCUGCUUUGAUUUUUCUGCUCACUGUUAGUCGUGCCUAAGAAUCGGGCACGCCGUCGGGUUUCUUCGGGCUGCAAUCGUGAUUAUUUCUUGAGUUUGAUCGAUUAGUAGGACUGUAUCGUGAAUCGGCGUGCUUUGAUCUCGCUGCUUACUCGUGGUCGUGCUUAAGGGUCGGUUUAGCCGCCGGGGUUUUUUCGGGAUGCAAUCGUAAUAUGUCGUCGCACUGGAAGUCGGACUAAUUCGGAAUGUAAUCGUUCGGAAGUAGUAGGUAUGUCCUGAUUUUGCUGACGACUGAUACCAGGAGUGUCGGCUCAUCUUUGAAGGAGGCCUCAAUUCUUCUUCCCUCUUCGCUCGACGUUUAUGGAGGAGCUGGUGGCAAUUCGGAUGCGAUCGUUCUUCGCCGUAGUUUUCCUUCUCGGUAAGAAAAUGAGUCCUUUAAUUAACUUGGCUCACUUCAGGUUAGCCGGAAAGAUUUCGAGAUUAAUUAAGUGUUUGUAAUUCUUGACAGAUGGUGGCAUACUGUUUUUAGUUUUGAUGUCUAUGUUUUCAAUUUCUCUGCAUGACUAUGCGAAACUGUAAAUUCACAACGGAAGGUAGCCAUUUUGCUACUGAAACAGUGGCUCUUUUAGAAAGCACUGUCUAUAAGCAAUCUUUGGUAUUCCUUAUUUAUGCCAACUCAUUUUAGGGACGAGUUAUAUCAUCCUGUUGUUUGCUUAUCUAAGCAUAGAAUAUUGCGACUUCAUACCAUAAAUCGUGAAAAUACGAAUAUGAAAUUUAUCAAGUCUUGGCCAAAAUUUGCUCAUUGAAAUGCAUCCAAAACUACCUGCAUGAAUUAUCCAUAAAUCUCCUUUUGGUAUAUACAGUUAAGGUUUUUCAGUCUCUAGGUUUCAGAGAAUAGAAAGAAUUUUGAAAGCUUGCUAACUAUGAAGAUAAUUAUAUUAAUCUGCAGACAAAAUAUAUUAAAUAUAGGAGAAGAAGUCAAGAUCUAGGUGGGAGUUAAAAUGCUAUUUUUGCUGUUAAGAAAAAAAAUACUUCUUUUUGUCUUGUGGCGCGUAAGUUAAGAGCUUAAAUCUAAAUUUUGGCGGAUGGAGAUUUAGAGGAUUGCUCUGCACCCAGCCUUUUUAAGCAAUCUCAAAAUAAAUUUCAAGUUUCUUUCGCGUAAAUGAACUUGGCGCGAGUCCAAUUUUUAAUGAAAAUAAGGUUAUAUUGUUUCAGAAGGAGUGAUUUAUAUACAACUUCGCUUCGAGAUGCAAUUACGAUUUUACACUGAUAAACUCUUCAUAUAGCUUUAAAUGUCUAGUCUUCAUUUUUUUUUCUUGCUUGUAAGUAGUUGCAAAAUUAAUUAGUACUUUCUUAAGACCUACUGUAAAUUUCGAAGGGGAAUCGACGGUGCGCUUUGAAUCCUCAAUGAUUUGAUAAAUAUCGAGUUUGGCUUUAAGGCUUUGGCGGAGGAAAAUGUCCAUAGUGGCUAAGAAGUGAGAAAGUUCAAGAGAAAUCUUUUUUCUGAGUGUAAGAGAAAGUGGUUUGUGGGUUUACACAGGAGUAUGGUGGUUUGAAAUUCACACUGUUAUAAUUCAUCAGCUGUCUACUGCGGUCUGGCACUAGUUCAACCAAAAUAUUAAACAUUAAAACGGAAAAGAAGCAAAAUAUGCCAAAUAAACAAGGAGCUUUCAUUUAGUUAAAUUUAAAAUUGCAGUUCUAAAUUUUCUUAGGAAAGGUUGUUUAGUUAUCAGAUCUACUGAGAAAAUAUCUAUAAAUACACAAUUUUGUACCAUUGCAAUAUUCAUUAGGAUUAGCUUGUGAUUUCUCGCAAUUAAUUAAUAAAAAUGUGAUUGACGCAAGUUAGAAACUUAUUGAGAUCAAGGAUUGUAAUGCCGGGUUUCAAUGUUUUUUCCUUUUUUACCAAAGCCGACGUGCAGUGAAGAUGUUUCCUCUAUUUCUUGUAAAUUUGAUUUGUAAUUUUACGACUUACAAAUAUUUUCUGUACUCUCUAAAGUCUAGCUACUUCAACUUGCCACAUUUGACUCGAGAGCAAAGCUAAAAAUAAAAAUAUUGCAGAUGCCUUUCAGUCAUAUGAUAUGAAACGAUUUCGUUUCCUUUAAACGAAGUCAAGUCGAAAGGAGCCACUUCAAAAGUUCACAUCAUACAGGGUUUGGGUCACCAAAAGGUUUCAUCUUAUAGUUCACUUAUCAAAGGUUUUCGCUAAGUACUUGUAAUAAGUGUAAAACACGACGGGUGAUAUUGCUUUUAGCUCCCGCUAAUUAAUUGACAGGCUCAGAUAUGAUAAGCAAGUAGUACUGCACUAUAAGACCUGUCCUGAUUGUGCUUUUACAAGGCUGGAAAGUUGCUCACUGGGAGCCCGAAAAAGUUUCCAAAAAAAUUGGUAAAAAUCCAAAAAGUUGCCACCUAAAUUUCAAAAGUUGUUACCUAAAUUUCAUUAUACUUUCAUAUGAACGUCAACUAAAAGUCCGUUUUUCGUUAUUCACAAUAACUGCGAACAUCGGUCAAGAAAAAUAGCUUGAAACUUAGAGUUGCUCGCAAAUAUGGGCUAAUUUUUAAGGAUAUCUAACUUUCACUGAACAAAACAUAUUUAGCCAAUUAUCCGUUAUCAUAUUAGACAACGAUUGCAAUAGACCUUCAAAACGUUGUCAGUCACAGGCUAUGUGUUUGAAAGGUUGAUCAAAAUUCAUGAAACUCUCAUAAACUUUAGUUUUUGUAGGAGAUCGUUGACUUUUCGUGCUUAAUAUGGACUCCAAACUUAUAUUUUGCUCAAAAACUGCACAGAAAGGCAAAACUGCUCAAGGUUGCAAGAACCGCAAAAAGUUGCUCCAAACGCCAAAUGUUGCUCAAUAGUUGCCUAGCACAGUAGCGACAGGUCUAUACACCAUACACCAUUCACCUCCGAGGUGCUAGAAAGAUAAAUUCACUCUUCAACCAUAUCUUCACGUAAAAUAAACCAAUUUCAAGUAGUAAGAGGUAAAAUCAGGUGCUCGCCUGAUACCAGAUGAUAUCGAAUAUGGGGUCAGAUAAAUACGCGUUUUUGUUUCUAACCUGUAUGAUUUGAUUUAGUUUUCCUGGGUGGAAACGAGGCUACCCUGUCCAAUUCAUAUGUUGGCGAUUGUAGAUUUCUGGAACUCUUCUGUGACAUGCGCAAAUGCGUCACGAUGUUCAUCAAAGAACUGCAGAACGAUUCCGUGGGAGACUGUGGGUAAGUUACAACCUGUCUCAUCUCCAUUGUUCCAGUUAUUUUUGUUGUUAUUGUUGUUUAAUUUUUUGAGUUGCCCUAACCCGUUAUGAGCUGAAAAUAAGCCGCUGAGAUUGCGACACUAAUUUUCGUCUUAUUUCCGAUGUAGUUUAGGGGGAGUAUAAAAUUACAGAAAGUCCGCCACUGUUUCAAUUUUAACUCGGCUUUCUUUCAAUAAGCAAGACGGGGUUGCCUACAUUAUAAUGCAGCGGACUCCUUCUUCUUUGCCAAAACAUUUUACGCAGGGAUAUAAAUGGAGAGGGGAGCGGUUGGAAAUGCAUGUCACCCGAGGUGAAGGACUAUUAUCCUUGUCGCCUUGUGCUAUGAAUCCGAUAAGUGCCGCUAAGGUUAUACCACGGGAGUUAUCCCAGGGUUUAUCCCUGGGGCGACCCUCUGGCUUUUACGGCUUACGGUUACAGUUUUAGUCAUUUUACGGCUAACGUUUUCGAAUUCGUUCCUUUGCGGUUACCAGAAAAAAAUUUCUAUGGUUAACUUUCCUUUUACUAUCAUCGGUUUGAAUUUGUCAAUUUUCACGCUUAACGGACACCUGUUUUCCUGCUCCUGGACUGACUUUAUAAUUUUACGUACCGUCCUUUUUAUUUCCAUUGUUAGGGCCAAGGUAAACAAAACUAUCAAUUGUAUACGAAGGACAUACAACAUCUGCUUUGGAACAGAUUAUGCGCGUCACUUUGAAAGUGUUCGAGUACAAUUCACAGAAACUUCCAUGUGCCAUGAGGGGGCAUUGGGAUUACCUACUUCACACUCGUUGGAAGUUUUGGCCGCUCAUUGCCCCGAAUCGUUCAGCACUAAUCUAAACAACUGUUUAAAGUCCUUUCAAGGGACUUUUGCCAGAGACAAGACUGAUCCAGAUCUUUGCAAGUAAGUCGAUAUGGAGCAUUUGAACAAAAUUUUGUGCUUGGGUGGGGGGAAGGGCAUUGAAACGAACCAAUCUCCAAUGUCCGGAGGUUUGCCCCGGCGGGGAUGUUGCAGCUUCGAACUGAUUAACGCAUCAAUGUUACCUAACGUUCCAUCGAAUUUCAACAGGGAACAUGCUAAGGCCACAGAGUGUGUGAGAAAGCUCUUUGCUUCAACCUGCCCCAAGUUACCAACAUCAUACCGAGAACUGAUUGAUUUGACUUUCAUCAAAAACAAUUACAAUCCUUACUGCGACAACAACCGUGACCCUGGAGCUUCCAAGAUUCCGGAUCGAUGCAAUGUAGUGCGUGACCUUGACAACCCCUGGACAAAGCUGCUGAAAAACAACUCAACAAGCAACAUCAAUAACAACUCCAAGAGUGCGCAUAAUAUCACAAGUAAUACAAUCACCACUCCUACAGAUGACAUUCGUAGAGAAUUCGUGAGUUGUUCACCGAAGCAUAUCAACGCCGCUACAGGCACUAGUAUAAAUACGUUUCAAGCUUUCUUCUUUCCUUGCGUGGUUCUGCAGUUGUUUUAUACGGUUUGAUUCAAUGAAGUAAACUUUCUUGAAACCUUCGGAAGAUCAUACACGUCCAAUCCACACAAACAGAUUCCGAUGGUAGAAUGUGUUUAUCUAACGGGAUAGGCUAAAUUAUAUUCGCAACACCUUCCAGACGAAGUAAUUAGUAAUAUUACCGGAAGUCAUGGCGCGUAGAGUACCGGAAGUCGGACAAUCAACAGGAAGGGUAAAAUGUUGUCCUCAUUUUAGCAGUAAAAAUAACGUUUGUUACAUGUCAUCUUCGUGUCACACCUUGCACACCUAAGAGUUCUCGAGGACUCAAUUACUCGAGCAACCAAACGAGGAAUUGGAAGAUUGGUCGAUUGAAUCCUAACCGAGGACCUAGAAUUGUUUUUAUUCUCUGAGCGCUCAUAACAAAUAAGCAUCUUUUCUUACGCCUCGAUUGGUUGUCCUUCCACAAAUUUUAUUCACGAUGGUAACUCUUUCACUCCAUUAUUUACCCAUAGGACAACGUAACUUAAAUGCGCUUAUAACCAACAAAUAGAUUAUAUGCUCGAAAUAUCACGAGAGAACUGGCGCCGAGAAGUAAAUGAAAUAAGGUGAGGGGGAGGGGGAGAAUUAACGCAAGAGCCUCUCCCUUCCCCUGAGGAGCGCUUCGCGGUUACUACGCUUGUAAUGAGACAUAGUAUUCCAACUCAUUUUAAUGCAAGGCUGUAUAAAGUUAACAUGCACCGCAGCUUACACAACAACGUUCACGCAUAUUGUAAAUUAAUUAAAGUGAUUAGCUGCAAAAAAAGCUUAUGAACUGUAACCUCAUUAGGUAGAAAAGUGUGCAGGUUCUCCAUGUUUUAUGAGUCAGUAGUCACUACUUAGAGUUUGUGAAAAUCUUUUAAAGCUUAAAACCAUUUGAAUUAGCUGACAAGUUUAAUCUGAGUGCGAGUUAUUGAUAUCCUAUCAAUUAAUGAUCCUUAGGAG